AUGUCGUACCCUAUGAUGAGUUCAUCACCAAAGAAAGAAAUAUUCGAAGUUGAGACAGAAGAAGAUGAAUUGCGUAAAAAGCUAGCGCAUUACACAUUAGAAGGCAGGUGGGAUGAAGUAAGGAAGAUGUACGACUCAAAGCCAAAGGCACACACCAUAACGGUUAACGAUUCUAAGGAUACGGCUUUGCACGUGGCCGUGGAUUUGGACGAAGGAGAAGUUGUUAAAGAUCUUGUGUAUGAAAUCAUGGCGCAUAACACUGGUGCUCUGGAGAAAGGGAAUGAGCACGGCGACACGCCUCUCCAUGUGGCGGCGUCAAGGGGGUUUGCGAAACUGUGCAAGUGCAUCAUAGCGGAGAGGAUAGAAUUGAGGACAUUGAAGAACAAGAAAGGGGAGACACCAUUGUUUCUUGCUGCUCUUAAUUGGCACAAGGAAGCCUUCGCUUACCUCUAUGAUACCGAUAAGAGCCGCCCCAUCACUUUUCCGGAGCUUGUCCGCGACCAUGACGGAGAUAGCAUUCUCCACUGUGCUAUUAGGAGGGAGCAUUUUGAUUUAGCAGUCAUAAUAGUGCAUUGUUUUCCUGUACUUGCUACACUCCGCAACAAGAAAGGACUCACCCCUUUAAAAAUCUUUGCUACUAGGCCAUUGGCCUUUCGAAGUGGAAUCAAAUUUUCAUGGUGGAAAUUAAUCCUUUAUCACUGUAUACUUGUAGAACCAUUGGAUGUCAAAAGUAAAAUGAAAAAGUAUUUGGAAAAGAUGAACAAAACUGAACCCGAAGAAUUGCUUCCAGAGAAUUACACCACAUUAUACAAAUCCUCAAAAUCACUAAUUUCUGUUGUUGGUAUGUGA